AUGAAGCCACAGCUCUUGGUGCUGUCUGUGUAUCUGCUGUGGUUGAAAUAUUGUCACAGUGCACCUGCUUGGAAGGACACAGCUGUUUCGGAUGGAAACCUAAAGAGUCUUCUAGAGGUGGGAGACGCAGAUGUAGAGAGAGAGGUGAAGAAGGCCUUGAUUGGCAUUAAGCGGAUGAAAAUCAUGAUGGAAAAGAGAGAGGAGGAGCAUGCCAAACUGAUGAAAACCUUGAAGAAAUGCAAAGAAGAAAAGCAGGAGGCCCUGAAACUCCUGAAUGAAGUGCAAGAACAUCUGGAGGAAGAAGAAAAGUUAUGUCAGGCAUCUUCUGUGGAUUCCUGGGAUGAAUGCAGGCCGUGUCUGGAAAGUAACUGCAUGAGUUUUUAUACAGCUUGCCAACCUGGUUGGUCCUCUGUGAAAAAUAUGAUGGAUCAGUUUCUCAGGAAGAUGUACAGGUUUCUGUUUCCUCACAGUGAAGAUGUGGAGGAUCCCCCUGCCGUCGAACAGCCGACUAAGGAAGAUUUACAAGUGAUACAAAUGGAAAACCUGUUCAGCCAGCUAGCUGUGGACGUGAAAUCUCUCUUCAACAUGAGUUUUCACAUUUUUAAACAGAUGCAGCAAGAAUUUGACCAGGCUUUUCAGUUAUACUUCAUAACCAAUGUAGACUUAAUGGAGCCAUACCCCGAGGCUCUAUCUAAAGAGCAAACCCAAAAGGAAAAACUUGGGCAAAGGUGGGACAUUCCCAACGUCUUCCAGCUGUUUCAUAAUUUUAGUCUCUCUGUUUAUGAGAGAGUCCGAGAAAUAAUUACAAAGGCAAUGAAUGCAAUUGAAGAUUCGUGGGAACCACACAAAGAGUUGGACCAGAGAGAUAGGACUUCAGAGAUGUUUCCAGAGCAAAACGGAGGAAUGUGUGAGAAAUUUGGCCAGAAUUUAUCUGGAUGUUUCAAAUUUCAUAAAAGAUGUCAAAAAUGUCACGAUUACCUUUCUGAAGACUGCCCUGAUGUACCUGAACUACACAUAGAAUUCCUUGAGGCCCUGAAAUUAGUCAAUGUAUCCAGUCAGCAAUAUGAUCAGGUUAUCCGGAUGGCCCAGUAUCAUCUGGAAGACACCACGUAUCUGAUGGAGAAGAUGCGAGAGCAGUUUGGAUGGGUGUCUCUACUGGCAAGCCAUAACACAGUGAUGGGGGGCAUCUUUAAUUCAACAAAGGCAGUUCCAAACAUUCAUGGAGGAAUGUCUUCCAAACAGGAUGGAAUUAUGCCUUCCUCUAACGUCACAGUCCAGAACCUUCCUGAAGAAAGUGCUGAGGGCGCAAACAUCAUUGACUAUGUGGUAGCAAAACUUCAGCAGCAUUUUAAGGGACAUUUUAAAGCUUGGUAA